CCACUUCCCGCUUCAGUUCAGAGUUCAAACACACUCCAAGCCUCGACUCACCAAAGCUCGGACAUGACCAAGAAGCUCAUCUCCGCCAUGGCUGCGAAGCAAGAUCGCAAGGCGCAGGUCGACGAUCAGGGGAGACAGAUUUCGAGUUACGCAGAGGGCCGGUGGUUGAUCUCUCCCGAGCAGGAGCACGGCAUCAUUGUCGCGGCGCUGCGGCACGUCCUGUCCGGGUACAGCACGGCGCCGCCGGAGGUCGUCAUGGUGGCGGGCGGGGAGGUGUGCGGGAUGUGCGGCAUCGACGGCUGCCUCGGGUGCGACUUCUUUGCGGGUGAUCAUCAGGCGGGGGCGCCGGAGCUGGUACGGGAAGUGAACUUCGGCACGGGUCAAACGGCGACGGCGGUGGUGGGAGCAGCAGCAGGAGGGGAGAUGAAGCGGCGGACGAGGAAGAAGAACAUGUACCGCGGCGUGCGGCAGCGGCCGUGGGGGAAGUGGGCGGCGGAGAUCCGCGACCCACGGCGCGCGGCGCGCAAGUGGCUCGGGACGUUCGACACAGCGGAGGAGGCCGCCAGGGCCUACGACUGCGCCGCGCUCGAGUUCCGGGGACCGCGCGCGAAGCUCAAUUUCGCGUACCACGAGCCUUUGCCGAGCCAUGCCAAUUCUAUCACGACGGCGAAAACCGUGGUACUGACGCCGUCGCCGCUCAGUGCGGACGCCGAGGAGAGGACGCCGGAGGAGUGGCAGCUGGGUGGUGUGGACGAAGCGGGCGAUCAGCUGUGGGAAGGCCUGCAGGAUCUGAUGAAGCUGGAUGAGGCGGACCUCUGGUUCGCGCCAUUUUCCGGGGCAGUAUCUAGUAUUUGAGCGCUGUUGUACACAAGACUAAGAUCAGAUCUUGGAGUAGACUGACUGAGAACAAGAUUAUUUCGUAUAGCAUUGAACAAAGCAUAGCUAGUUGGUUCGUCGGAGUUGGAUCAAUUUGAUAGAGGAGUGACGUUCUUUUGUUGUGAAUUAAUGGAUACAUAAUUUUUUCAAUAGAUAUCUUUUUGGUGCA